GGGGGUGAUGGGGAGAAAGCGGGUGGGCAGGGGUGCUGAGCUCUGCUGCACCCGUCCCCCUCCGGGGUGGGGAUGUGCCCACAGGGCGCGACCCGCGCUGUCCCGUUCUGCAGAAACCGCAGGGCGGUUGUUUUCUUCUUUUUCUCUCAGAAGGGAACGAGUUUUCGCUGGAGUAGGUGGAGUGCCCGGCCUCAUUUCAGCGCCUUAGGACUCAGCCUGGCCUUGAACUCCCUGUGUAGCUGAGGAUGACCCUGUACUCAUGGACUUCCUGUCUCCACCUCCUAAGUGCUGGAAUUCCAGGAAUGUUAAUGGUUGUGUACAGCAGGCAGUGGAGAGUGCCACUGUCCACUGAAACUCACCAGCUGUACUAAAGUGAUGACAGCCCCAGUGGAAGGAUUAUUCGGGCACACUUCCCUGUUACAGGAUGGCAGCGACUGUUCCGUCGUCCCAUGAUCUUUCGGGGGACUUCUGCCUUCGAGAAGAAAAGGUAUCAUCAGAAACGAUGUUGACUGACUGCCUGACAAAUUAUCAGGAGUUAGUAAGCUUUAAGGAUGUGACUGUGGACUUCACCCAAGAGGAGUGGACCUCCCUGAACCCAGCCCAGAGAAGCCUCUACAGAGAGGUGACGUUGGAGAACUACCAGAACCUGGCCUCAGCAGGAUAUCAGCUCAUCAAACCCUGUCUGGUCUCUUGGUUGGAACAAGAAGAGUUUAGUACAGGUCAGAAGAUAGUUUUCCCAGAAUGGAAAAUGCAGCUUGAAACCAAAUGUUUAGCACCCCAGCAGGGAGUUUUGAAGGGCAGCAGCAUAUCCAAUGGGAUGCAAAUGCAGACAGAAAGCCAGAAUGGAAGGGAGCUCUAUAACUGGACAAAAUCUGGAGACUUUGUCAAUGAACGCUCUUCUCUUAAGACACAUACGAAAACUCAAACCACACAGGAUAAUUAUCACUGUAGUCAGUAUAGAAAAGACUUUCUAAUGGUUCAGAAGAAAAACUGUGCUGGUGAGAAACUUUGUGAGUUCAGUCAGAGUGAAGAAACCUGUAUGAUCCCAGUGAAGGCUAAUCAGAAAAUUGCUUCACAAGAGAAAUCUUUGGAAUGCAGUGACCGUGGGAAGUCUUUUAUUAAUGAGACACAGCUUCAGACACACAGAAGAAGAACUCACAAUGGAGACAAACUUUAUGACUGGAAUGAAUAUGGGAGAAGUUUUAUGAACUCAAGACUUGCUGUUCUUAUAGAAACUCUCAAUGCGAAGAAACCUUACAGAUGUAAGGAAUGUGGGAAAGGCUAUAGAUACCCUGCGUAUUUAAAUAUUCACAUGCGAACUCACACUGGAGAGAAGCCCUAUGAGUGUAAGGAGUGUGGGAAAGCCUUCAAUUAUUCCAAUUCAUUUCAGAUACAUGGAAGAACUCACACUGGAGAGAAGCCCUAUGUAUGUAAUCAGUGUGGGAAAGCUUUCACUCAGUACUCAGGACUUAGUAUACAUGUCAGAUCUCACAAUGGCGAUAAGCCCUAUGAAUGUAAGGAAUGUGGGAAAGCUUUCCUUACAUCCUCACGACUUAUUCAACAUAUAAGAACUCACACAGGAGAAAAGCCUUUUGUGUGUGUCAAAUGUGGAAAAGCCUUUGCUAUCUCCUCAAAUCUUAAUGGACAUUUGAAAAUGCAUGCUGAAGAGAAGACAUGUGAGUGCAAGAUUUGUGGGAAAGCAUUUGGAUAUCCUUCAUGUCUUAAUAAUCACAUGAGAACUCACAGUGCCAAAAAAUCAUACACAUGUAAGGAAUGUGGGAAGGCCUUUAACUAUUCCACUCACCUUAAAAUUCACAUGCGAAUCCACACUGGAGAGAAGCCCUAUGAGUGUAAGCAGUGUGGAAAAGCCUUCAGUCAUUCCACUUCAUUGCAGAUACACGAGAGAACCCACACUGGAGAGAAGCCCUACGAAUGCAAGGAGUGUGGGAGAGCCUUCAUCUGUCCCAGUUCCUUCCGAAUUCAUGAAAUAGGUCACACUCACACAGAAGAAAAACCAUAUAAGUGUCAGCAAUGUGGGAAAGCCUACAGUCAUCCUCGUUCACUUCGAAGGCACGAAAGAACUCACUAGCGAGAAGCUUAAUUGAUGUUAGCUAUGUGAGAAGGCAAUUAUUUGCUCUAGUUUACUUUGAAGACAUGAUGAUACUCACCCUCGAGAGAAACUGUUACAAUUAUAUACAUAGCUUGGAGCAGUGCUGUGUGGUAGCUGCUCAGGAGGUUGAAGAUGGGGGAACACAAAUACUCCAUGUCAAACAAAUUAAAAUGAAUGUUGGGAAGAUGGCUCAGUGGAUAAAGGCACUUGCUGUGAAUGUCUUACAACUUGAAUCUGAUCCACAUCCAUGUAAAGUAGACAGAUAUAGUGGAAUGCAUCUGUAUUCUCAACAAUCCUACCAGAUAGGAGACAGAGGCAGGAGAAUCACCUGGAAGCUUGCAGGCCAGCUAGCCUGGAGUGCGCAGCAUGGCAGAAAGAAUGAGAGAGAUGCCCUGCCUCAACAAGGUAGAAGAAGCAAUGCAUUAAAGUUGUCCUCUGACCUCCAUAUGUCUGUCCACUGUCCACUUUCCCACAUAUGCCACAGUAAUAAAUAAUAUCUUAAAGGAUUGGAAUGAUGGCUGGUGAGAUGGCUCAGCAGAUAAAAGCAUGUUCUAUAUAAUACUGACAACUUGUAUUCUAGUCUUAGGUCCCCACAGUGUAAGGAGAGAAUUGGCACUUCAAAGCUGUCCUGUGACCUCUGAGUGAGGCUCACAUGCCCUCUUGCCAGCCCCCAAUACUAAUACAUUUUAAAAAUUAAAAUGAGGGACUGUAGAGAUGGCUCAAACAGUUACAAGCACUUGUUUCUCUUGCAGAGGACAUGGGUUCAGUUCCCAGCACUCACAUGGCAACUCACAACCAUCCAUAACUCUAGUUUCAGGGGAUCUGACUCCCUCUUCUGCCUUCUGUGGGCACUCAGCAUACAUAGAGUGCACAUGUGCAGGCAAAACACUUACACACAAAGAUAAUAGCAAGGGAAGGAAGUUGCAAUGUGUCCAAUAGGGCAGAGUGACUGAUGUCCUCAUAAGGUUAAGGUGCAGCAUGCUUACAAAGACUAUGGGAAGUCUUCAAAUGGCCUUCUACAGAUAGAGACAGAUGGCUACCACAAGUGUUUCUACUAUGGCCUCCAGAGGAAACUACCUGAGUUAUGCUGAUUGUUGAUUUCCAGCCUCCAAAUUGUAAGAAAUAAAUAAAUAACCAUGUUCAAGCUA